CUAGCCUUGAAUUUGUAGGCCAAAAACCAAAAAAAUAUGCCUCAAAUUCCUAGUCGACACUUGAAAACUGGUUAGCAAAUAUAUUUCAAUGAAAAUUUGUAAUAAACAUGUCCAAGCCGACAACAAUUAAGGAUGCGCUGGCACGCUGGGAGGAUCGCACCAAGCAGGAGGCCGUUACGGCCCUGGAUAUCGGCUUGCAGUUCCAGUAUCCGCCCAUUGAGAAAAUGGAUGCGACCCUAAGCACUUUGGUGGAGUGCCAGAAGCUGAGCCUCUCCUCGAAUAUGAUUGACAAGAUUAGCGGUUUGGCGGGCAUGAAAAAUUUGCGUGUGCUAAGCCUGACGCGCAAUUACCUCAAGAAUCUGAAUGGCAUCGAGGUGCUGGCCGACAAUUUGGAAGAGCUAUGGGUGAGCUAUAAUAAUAUAGAGAAGAUAAAAAAUAUAGAGGCGAUGAAGGCGCUCAAGGUCUUCUACAUAUCACACAAUUUGGUCAAAGAUUGGUCCGAGGUUGCGCGCAUGGGAGUGCCGCCCGCGCUGAGCGACAUAACGUUCGUUGGAAAUCCGUUGAGUGAGAAUAUGGAUCCGGCGGCGUUUAUCGCUGAGGCUAUUCGCCGUUUGCCCAAUCUCAAGAAACUGGAUGGCGAGCCAGUCAUACGUUAGUUGCGUUGUUUUUCUCUUUCUGUUGUAUUUUGUUGCGUUGCACA